GCGCAAAUUCACGGGUGCAACACGAUAUUCUGCCACUGCCUUCCUUUCAGACCAUAACCGCGACGACAUGGCGGUAGAGACUCCCACGGAUCCUGUCGUCUUCCUAGACGUGACGCUUGGAGGCGAACCCCUCGGCCGCAUCUUCAUCACCCUCCACGCGCAAACCACGCCCCGCACCGCCGAAAACUUCCGCGUCUACUGCACCGGCGAAACCCGCUCAGCCACGAACCAGCCGCUCGGCUACAAGGGCGCGCGCUUCCACCGCGUCCUGCCCUCGCUCAUGGUCCAGGGCGGCGACUUCCUGCACGGCGACGGCAGCGGCUUCACCAGCACGUUUGGCCCCACGACGUUUGCGGACGAGGACCUGACGGGCAAGCACGAGGUUGGGGCGGUGAGCAUGGCGAAUCGCGGGCCGGAUACGAAUGGGUGUCAGUUUUUCAUCGUCACGGGUGAGGAGGCGAAGGUGUUUGAUGGGAAGCAUGUUGUGUUUGGACAUGUGAGUGGGGGCAUGGAUGUGGUGAGGAAGAUUGCGGGCGUGCGGUGUGGGGUGAAUAAGAGGCCGUUGUUGGACGUUGUCAUCUCGCAGUGUGGUGAGAUGUGAAUGGGUCAGGGGAUGUAGAGGGUUUUCUUAAGGUACGGUGGGCUUGCUGCUUUUAUGCCUUGUAGCUCAGGCCGAACGAACACAGCCGAGAUGGAUCGUCUCGCGAAAAGUAAGGUGCCGAAAAUGAGUGGGAACAGAGUCCGGGUCCAAUGAAUGUUCACACGACGAUUCGGGCUAUUCGUGGAUGAGAAGGGCCAUCAUGGGCACAAAGUUUGGGUCAAAAUAAUGUUUGCAGUUAUCGAGGCCCUUUGUGCUUGUCUUUCAACUUCAUUACAGGUGUAGUUCCACCCAAUUUUAGCUAGUCUAACUGUGAUGCUGGAUGACUUUCUCGUCGCUUGGCCAGAAGCG